UCAUGGGAAUAUGAAUGAAAGUCGCGUGAUGAACACGCGGCAUAAAGAAGAAGAAAAGUCCACCAAAGCGAGGGAUUGAAGUGUUCUAAAGAAGAAAAUGAUAUGAAAUUAGUAUUAGUAAGCAUGAUGGAGGGGAGGGUGGGGCGAGGCUUCUCGGGGGCUUUGACCACACACCCGCUUGCCUAUGCUCAUGCUUAUGCUUAUGCCGCAGACUUCUUCCUCCUCUCUUUUGAUUUUUGUAAGCUGCCUUCCCUGACUUUCCUCUCCACUCGCCUUUUCUCCCCUUCCCAUUUCCCCUUUCUUCAAUCGCUUCAACAUCAUCGCCUCUCCAUACCCUUUUAUUCUUUCACUAAACCGCCGGAGUUUCAAUCUCCCUUUCUUCUACAUCCAUCUACGCUUCCCAAUUCUUUCCUGGUUCGUCUUUUCCUCUAAGUUCCUACGUUUUUACCCCUUUUUCUAUCUGGGUUUCUUAUAGAUCUUCAACACCACUUUACUGGACUUGAUUUAGUGUUUCUUCUUUGUGUGUAAUGAUUGUGUUUGGGUGUCUUGUGGAUGGAAAUUGAUUUUUUACAAUAUGGGUUUUGGUGAUAGCUUCAUAAUUCUUCUUCUUCAUGUGUUUGUUUAGAUUUUCGAUCUUUGAACUCUGUUGUUUAAUGCCUAUGGUGGAUGGAUUGGAGCUUCAAAUUGAUUGACAUUUGUUUCGUUAGGGGUUUAGAUUAAAAUUGUGGACGCAGGACAAAUAUAGUUUGGUUUGUUUUUGUACACAAUGGGUGGAGUUUGUUCAAGAACAAGAACCACUUCUGAUGAUAUUGGUAGCAGUAACGGUGGUGGAGGGGUUGGUGAUUCUAACAAUGAGUUGGGCAUGGUUCAUCAUACAUAUGGACUGCCCUCCAAACUUAGUGAUUCCACCCCUGCUGUUGCUGUUGCUGAUUCCAUGAAUAAGGCGUUACGAGAACCAUUUUCGUUCCCGGAGGUGAAUGCGGUGGUUCCAUAUGGAUUGGACGAUAUCAACGAUGGAAUUCCUCGCUUAUCUCGAACGUUAUCUCAGAAAUCUAGAUCAACCAAGUCGAGACAAGCUGUUGCAAAGGUUUCAGAAAUGAGCUCUCUUCUAGGCAGAGCUGGUACUGUUGGGCUAGGAAAGGCUGUUGAUGUUUUGGAUACACUUGGUAGUAGUGUGACAAGUUUGAACCUCGGUGGUGGUUUCACCUCAGGGGUGACAACAAAAGGGAACAAAAUUUUAAUCUUAGCUUUUGAAGUUGCCAACACCAUUGUGAAGGGUUCUAGUCUAAUGCAGUCGCUCUCAAAACGUAACAUCAAAGUCUUGAAGGAGGAAAUGCUUCCAUCAGAAGGGGUCCAAAAUUUAAUAUCAAGAGACAUGGAUGAACUCUUGAGAAUUGCAGCAGCAGACAAGAGAGAAGAACUGAAAGUUUUCACUUGUGAAGUGAUUCGCUUCGGAAAUCGUUGUAAAGAUCCUCAAUGGCAUAAUUUGCAUCGCUAUUUUGAUAAGUUAGGUUCAGAAGUUACACCACAAAAGCAAUUGAAGGAAGAUGCUGAGGCAGUGAUGCAGCAGUUGAUGACAUUUGUACAGUACACAGCCGAACUUUAUCAUGAGUUACAAGCCUUGGACAGAUUUGAACAAGAUUAUCGGCGCAAGCUUCAAGAGGAGGAUAGUUCGAACACGACGCAAAGAGGAGAUAGCAUUUCGAUCUUAAAGGCGGAGUUAAAGAACCAAAAGAAGCAUGUUAGAGGUUUGAAGAAGAGAUCUCUCUGGUCCAGGAUUCUCGAAGAGGUGAUGGAGAAGCUUGUGGACAUAGUGCAUUACUUAUAUUUGGAGAUUCAUGAAGCCUUCGGUAGUGUCGAUGAUGAAAAACCAGCCAAAGGUUCUCAGAAUAGCCACAAAAAGUUAGGGACGGCUGGUCUCGCUUUGCAUUAUGCAAAUAUCGUUAGUCAAAUCGAUACACUUGUAUCUCGUUCGAGUUCCGUACCUCCUAACACAAGGGAUGCUUUAUAUCACGGACUACCUCCCAGUAUAAAGUCGGCUUUACGCUUAAAACUACAGACGUUUCAGCCCAAAGAAGAGCUUACAAUUCCUCAAAUCAAAGCCGAGAUGGAGAAAACUUUGCAUUGGCUUGUUCCCAUUGCCAAUAACACUACCAAGGCUCAUCACGGUUUCGGUUGGGUUGGAGAAUGGGCGAAUUCCGGGGCCGAAACAAACCGAAAGCCUUCUGGCCAGAGCGAGUUACUAAGGAUCGAGACGCUCUAUCAUGCAGAUAAAGAAAAAACGGAGUCCUACAUCCUUGAACUGGUGUUAUGGCUUCACCAUCUGAUCAGCCAAGCUAGAGCUUGUAAUACUGGAAUAAGGUCUCCUGUUAAAUCACCAAUUAGAUCUCCGAACCAACGAACGAUUCAUUUAUCGAACCAGAAAUCAAAUUCUCCAUCCUCGACGUUGACGGUAGAAGACCAGGAAAUGCUUCAAUAUGUGAGCAAAAGGAAACUUACCCCGGGAAUAAGUAAGAGUCAGGAAUUUGAUUCAGCAAAAACCAGGUUAAGUAAGUACCAUAGGCUAAGUAAAAGCAGCAACCAUUCCCCAACCAAUGAAACCAAGAAGGAUCCGUCCACCCUUCGGAGGCCGAACUCCAUCCCGAUUAUUGAUUUUGACAUCGACCGUAUGAAAGCUUUGGAUGUCAUCGAUAGAGUCGAUAAUAUUGGAAGCUUUUCAUAAUCGGAGAUCAAAGAGCAAGACUUGUUUUUUGGAUAUGAAAAUAUGUAUGGAUGAUGGCAUGUUUUGAUGUGUAGUUGUAGAAAUUGUGAGGGGGGGUUUUGUGAUAUUACUUUCUUACACUUCUGUGUAUACAAAUACUUUUAUUAUUUCAUAAUAAUUCAAAGUUAUUUACAUCCCUUU